GACUAUCAAGGGAUUUUAGUAACAGGUAAAGGAAUGGACGUCGUGAUGUCGGAGUUGCUGUAGGAUUCUAAGUCUAGAGGCAAUCAUUUCUAGUCAAGAAUUGAUGACAACAUUCUAUUGAUAAUUGUAGUACAAAGAUGGACCAAAAUCAUCCUUUGAAUGCAGCAACAGAGGAACAGCCAGCCAGCAAAAGGAAAGCUAGAUGCUGCGAUGGAUUCAAGGUGUUCUUCAUGGCCCUAUCAUUCAGCUUUGUCGCUAAAGCACUAGGUGGAAUCAUUAUGAAAAGUUCCAUUACUCAAAUAGAAAGGAGAUUUGAUAUACCUUCUUCUGUUGCUGGAUUGAUUGAUGGAAGCUUUGAAAUUGGAAAUUUGCUUGUGAUUGUGUUUGUAAGUUACUUUGGCUCCAAGCUACACAGACCACGAUUAAUUGGAAUAGGUUGCAUCAUCAUGGGAACUGGAAGUAUUUUGACAGCUUUGCCACACUUCUUCAUGGGACAUUACAGGUAUUCUGAAGGACACAAUGUUAAUCCAUCAGUGAACUCAACAUCAAGCUUCUCAUUCUGUUCAAUGAGUCAAAACUUAUCACUCAUUAGAACACCACCUGAAAUAGUGGGUGAUGGCAGUAUUCAUAUAACUCCUAAGGAUUCUCGUUGGGUUGGCGCCUGGUGGCUUGGUUUCCUUAUGGCUGGACUAUUCUCCAUCAUGUCUUCCGUGCCAUUCUUUUUCCUUCCCCAAAGUCUGAAUACACCCCAGAAGGAAAGGAAAGUUUCAAUAUCUUCUCAUGCUCCCCAAACAAAUAAAGAAUUUAAGUUAAAAUCCAAAGUAGUCAACUAUGAACAAAAUGUUACUGGAAAUGUAACUGGUUUUAUCCAGUCCUUGAAAAGCAUCCUUACCACCCCUCUAUAUGUCAUAUUCUUGGCUUUGUCAUUGUUAAAUUUCAGUGGCUUUGUGGGUAGUAUUACGUAUAUCUUCAAGUACAUAGAACAACAGUUUGGUCAGUCAAUAGCUGAGACAAACUUUUGGAUUGGACUCAUCACCAUGCCUACUCUUUCAGGUGGAUUUUUAAUAGGAGGAUAUAUCAUUAAAAAAUUCAGACUUAGCUUGGUUGGAAUUGCAAAAUUAUGCUUUGCCGCUUUUGUGGUGGCUUUCGUACUUCAACUAUUUAACUUUCUACUGCUCUGUGAAACCAAACCAGUUGCUGGCCUAUCCUUGACCUAUGAUGGGAAAAAAACAGUGCCAACUCAUGAAAAUGUACCACUGUCUUAUUGCAACUCAGAUUGCGAUUGUGAUGAAAGCCAGUGGGAACCCGUCUGUGGAGAGAAUGGUAUAACUUACCUGUCCCCUUGCUUAGCCGGAUGCAAGCUUGCAAGUACCAUUAAAAAGCCUAAAGUGUUUUAUAACUGCAGUUGUGUGGACAUCACUGCUUUCCAAAACAGAACUAACUCGGCCCGUUUGGGUGAAUGCCCAAGAAUUGAUAGGUGCAAAAGGAAUUUUUACAUAUAUAUAGCACUACAAGUUACAGUUAGUCUUGCCACUGCAAUGGGAAGUACCCCUGGUAUGAUGCUGGUUUUUAAGAAUGUUCAACCAGAGCUGAAGUCACUUGCAGUGGGUUUUCAUUCACUGACUAUACGAUCACUAGGAGGAAUUCUAGCUCCUAUAUAUUUUGGGGCUCUGAUUGAUAGAACAUGCUUAAAGUGGUCCAUCAACAAAUGUGGGAAGCGAGGAACUUGUAGAUUAUAUAAUUCCAAAUUAUAUGGAUACACUUACUUUGGCAUGACUUUGAGUUUAAAAGGUGUAUCCCUUAUUUUAUUUAUUGUAUUCCUUUAUGCCAUGAAGAAAAAAUAUCAAGGAAAAGAUACAAAAACAUCAGAAAAUGGAAGAAAAGUCGUGAAUGAAGCAAACCUAGAACCUUUGAACAAUAAUGGACAUUUUGUAUCUUCCACUGCAGAUGAUGAAACACGUGUUUAAGGGAAGAAGUUUUUAAAAACCAAACUCGCGGCUCUGUUUACAGCCAACAUUGUAGUGAUUCAGUCAGUUGUAUUUUUUUAAAGCAGAUGUAUCUGGUACUUUCUCACUCAAAAUUCCCACACUCAUAACAGGACAAUGACUCAAUCAUUUCAUGAAUUCAUAAUGAAACAAACGAUAAAUGUAAAAUAAUGGA